AGAUGGCAUAUUAUAUGAAGAUAAGAAGAAUCCUGAUUACUUGGUAGUUGUGCGAGAAGGAAUUUAAUCUUUAAUCGAAAUAUUUUUUCUAUCAUUCGUUAUGGGUUUUGGCGAUUAUCCCGCUGAAUAUGAUAGAGCAAAGCAUGGUCCUUAUGAUCCAGCUCGUUACUAUGGAAAACCUGAUACUCCUUUUGGUGAAGUGAAAAUAGGUGAACUUCCAGCUUGGUUUGGUAGGAGAAGUUUUCAUCCUCAAGCUAUGACAUCAGCGAUUUCACGCGCAUAUUGGCGUUGGCAACAUAAGUAUGUAUUUCCUGAACGUGCUGGUAUAGCUUCGUUUUUCCAAAUGGCAGUAGGACUUUCAGUAUUUUUCUAUGUCUUAAAUUACCAAAGAAUUAAACAUCACAAAAAUUACAAGUACCAUUAAAGUUUAUCGAUAAUCUAAUCGAUAGAAUUAUGUCAGAUAGGCGUAGAGCUAUUAUAUAUA